CUUGAGGUUGGCAAAAAGCAACCUGCUUUGGAUGUACUUUAUGAUGUUAUGAAAAGUAAGAAACAUAGAACAUGGCAAAAGAUACACGAGCCAAUUAUGUUGAAAUACUUGGAACUUUGUGUGGAUCUUCGCAAGAGCCACUUGGCUAAGGAAGGAUUAUACCAGUAUAAGAACAUAUGUCAACAGGUGAACAUCAAAUCUCUGGAGGAUGUUGUUAGGGCAUACUUGAAAUUGGCAGAGGAAAAAACUGAAGCUGCUAAAGAAGAAUCCCAGCAGAUGGUCUUAGAUAUAGAAGAUCUGGACAAUAUUCAAACUCCUGAAAGUGUUCUCCUAAGUGCUGUAAGUGGUGAAGACACUCAGGAUCGGACUGAUAGGUUACUUUUAACUCCAUGGGUUAAAUUCCUGUGGGAGUCAUAUAGACAGUGUUUGGACCUCCUUCGAAAUAAUUCUAGAGUGGAACGUCUCUACCAUGAUAUUGCCCAACAAGCUUUCAAAUUCUGCCUACAAUACACCCGUAAGGCCGAAUUCCGUAAACUGUGUGACAAUUUGAGAAUGCACUUGUCACAGAUUCAGCGCCACCAUAACCAGAGUACAGCAAUCAAUCUUAAUAAUCCAGAGAGCCAGUCCAUGCAUUUGGAGACCAGGCUUGUUCAGCUGGACAGUGCUAUCAGCAUGGAACUGUGGCAGGAAGCAUUCAAAGCUGUGGAAGAUAUUCAUGGGCUAUUCUCCUUGUCUAAAAAACCACCUAAACCUCAGCUGAUGGCAAAUUACUAUAAUAAAGUCUCAACUGUCUUCUGGAAAUCUGGAAAUGCUCUCUUUCAUGCAUCUACACUCCAUCGUCUUUACCAUCUCUCUAGAGAAAUGAGAAAGAAUCUAACACAAGAAGAGAUGCAAAGGAUGUCUACUAGAGUUCUUCUGGCUACUCUUUCCAUUCCUAUUACCCCUGAGCGAACUGAUAUUGCUCGACUCCUGGAUAUGGAUGGCAUCAUAGUUGAAAAACAACGUCGUCUUGCAACACUGCUUGGGCUUCAAGCCCCACCAACACGAAUUGGCCUUAUUAAUGAUAUGGUCAGAUUUAAUGUACUACAAUAUGUUGUCCCAGAAGUGAAAGACCUUUACAAUUGGCUGGAAGUAGAAUUUAACCCACUAAAACUCUGCGAGAGAGUCACAAAGGUUCUGAACUGGGUCAGGGAACAACCUGAGAAGGAGCCGGAGCUGCAGCAGUAUGUCCCUCAACUGCAGAGCAACACCAUACUCCGCCUUCUGCAGCAGGUGGCACAAAUUUACCAGAGCAUUGAGUUUUCUCGUUUGACAUCUCUGGUUCCUUUUGUCGAUGCUUUCCAGCUAGAACGGGCCAUAGUAGAUGCUGCCAGGCACUGUGACCUGCAGGUUCGUAUUGACCACACCUCUCGAACCCUUAGUUUUGGAUCUGAUUUGAAUUAUGCUACUCGAGAAGAUGCUCCGAUUGGUCCUCAUUUGCAAAGUAUGCCUUCAGAACAGAUCCGAAACCAGCUGACAGCUAUGUCCUCAGUACUGGCAAAAGCACUUGAAGUCAUUAAGCCGGCGCAUAUACUGCAAGAGAAAGAAGAACAACAUCAACUGGCUGUUACUGCGUACCUUAAAAAUUCACGAAAAGAGCACCAGCGUAUCCUGGCUCGCCGUCAGACAAUCGAGGAAAGGAAAGAGCGGCUGGAGAGUCUGAAUAUACAGCGAGAAAAAGAAGAAUUAGAACAGAGGGAAGCGGAACUCCAGAAAGUACGAAAGGCUGAAGAAGAGAGAUUGCGACAAGAGGCAAAAGAGAGAGAGAAGGAGCGUAUUUUACAGGAACAUGAACAAAUCAAGAAGAAAACGGUUCGGGAGCGUUUGGAGCAGAUCAAGAAAACGGAGCUGGGUGCCAAAGCAUUUAAGGACAUCGAUAUUGAAGAUCUUGAAGAAUUGGAUCCAGAUUUCAUCAUGGCUAAACAGGUUGAACAACUGGAGAAAGAAAAGAAGGAACUACAGGAACGACUGAAGAAUCAAGAGAAGAAGAUUGACUAUUUUGAAAGAGCUAAGCGUUUGGAAGAAAUUCCUUUGAUAAAAAGUGCUUAUGAAGAGCAGAGAAUAAAAGACAUGGAUCUGUGGGAACAACAAGAAGAAGAAAGAAUUACUACCAUGCAGCUGGAACGUGAAAAGGCUCUUGAACAUAAGAAUCGAAUGUCACGGAUGCUUGAAGACAGAGACCUGUUUGUAAUGCGACUCAAGGCUGCCCGGCAGUCUGUUUAUGAGGAAAAACUUAAACAGUUUGAAGAGCGACUAGCAGAAGAGAGGCAUAAUCGCUUGGAAGAACGUAAAAGGCAGCGCAAAGAAGAACGCAGAGUAACUUACUACAGAGAAAAAGAGGAAGAGGAACAGAGGAGGGCAGAAGAACAGAUGCAGAAAGAGCGGGAAGAGAGAGAGCGUGCUGAACGUGCAAAGCGUGAGGAAGAGCUACGAGAAUAUCAGGAGCGGGUCAAGAAAUUGGAAGAAGUAGAGAGGAAAAAACGCCAAAGGGAGUUAGAAAUUGAAGAGAGGGAACGGCGUAGAGAGGAAGAGAGAAGGCUUGCUGAUGACCCACUUUCUAGAAAGGACUCGCGUUGGGGAGAUAGAGACUCUGAAGGCACGUGGAGAAAAGGACCUGAAGUAGAUUCCGAGUGGAGGAGAGGCCCGCCAGAGAAGGAAUGGCGACGAGGUGAAGGACGGGAUGAGGAGAGGCCUCACAGAAGAGAUGACGACAGGCCGAGGCGGCUGGCGGAUGAUGACGAAAGAGAGUCUUCUCUCAGGUCAGAUGAUGACCGGAUCCCCCGGCGUGGUAUGGAUGACGACAGAGGCCCCCGGCGUGGUCCUGAUGAAGACCGGUUUUCUCGCCGUGGAGCGGAAGAUGACCGGCCUCCCAGACGAAUCGGUGACGAAGACAGGGGGAGCUGGCGUCAUGCAGAUGACGACAGGCCACUUAGACGAGGACUGGAUGAGGACAGAGGAAGCUGGCGAACAGCUGAUGAGGACAGAGGACCCAGACGAGGGCUGGACGAGGACCGGGGGCCACGGCGCGGAGGUGCGGACGACGAGCGGUCAUCUUGGCGGAAUGCUGACCACGACCGGGGACCCAGGCGGGGUUUGGACGAUGACCGGGGAACGUGGAGGAAUGCUGACGAUGACAGAAUUCCCCGGCGUGGAGCAGAUGACGAUAGGGGACCCUGGCGAAAUAUGGAUGAUGACCGGCUCUCAAGACGGGCUGAUGAUGAUCGGAUUCCCCGAAGGGGCGAUGAUGCAAGACCUGGUCUCUGGAGACCGCUUGUCAAGCCAGGCGGAUGGAGAGAGAAAGAAAAAGCCAGAGAAGAGAGUUGGGGUCCACCUCGAGAAUCAAGACCAUCAGAAGAACGUGAAUGGGAUAGAGAAAAAGAAAGAGAUAGAGAUAAUCAAGAUCGAGAGGAGAAUGAUAAGGACCCGGAGAGAGACAGAGACAGAGAGAGAGAACGGGACAGAGAAAGAGAUGGGGAUAGAGAGGAUCGCUUCCGACGGCCGAGGGAUGAAGGUGACUGGAGGAGAGGACCAGCUGAAGAAUCCUCUAGCUGGAGAGACUCAGGUCGCCGUGAUGACAGGGAUGACCGUCGUCGUGACAGAGAUGAUCGCCGCGAUCUAAGAGAGAGGCGAGAUGACAGAGACCGGAGAGGACCGCCUCUCAGAUCAGAGCGGGAAGAAGUGAGCUCUUGGAGGCGAGCUGAUGACAGGAAAGAUGACCGGGCAGAAGAGCGGGAUGUCCCUCGUCGCAUUCCUCCCCCAGCUCUUUCAAGAGAUCGGGAAAGAGACCGGGAAAGAGAAGGUGAUAAAGAGAAGGCUUCAUGGAGAGCUGAGAAAGAUAGGGAAUCGCUUCGUCGUACUAAAAACGAGACUGAUGAAGAUGGAUGGACCACUGUACGACGUUAAGUCUCAAGAUAAUGGAUUCAAACUCAUGUUUUACAUAGGUUUGAUCACAUGCGAGGAUUAUUAUACUUGUGCUUCAACCAAUCUAAAUUGGAUUCUUUAAUGUUGUCUCACCAUAACACAAAAGCAUGAACUUGUAUUAAUCCUAUAUAAUAGAUUGAUCAUGCACCGUAUCCACAGAAGGUUGGAAAACCAUGCCAUUUUCUGGAAUUUAAGGUGUUGCGUUAUUUCAUCAAUCACUUGUUUACAAAAAAGAAAAACUAAAAAAUAAAUUUGAAAUGUGAACCCUUCAGGUAUUGAGUAACACCUGUAUCUUGAUAUAGAACUGAUCUUUUCUUUUGAUUCUGAAAUAUAUUAAUUUGGAAUGAGGUAAGGUUCUGUUAUAGAAAAUGUAUUUGAAGACUCUUUUAAACGGGGAGCUGAAACCAUUUCACAUCAUUAGCAAUUGAGAUGUACCUCUACAUAGUUUGGGGUAUUUACUAUUAACUCAAUUUAGAAAGUUUUAGGUUCACUAUAAGUGCAGUAAACAUUAUAAACAUGGGUUACAAUGGGAUGUGCUGUAGAUUUGACAGGUGAGUGUAAGACUGUUUGCAUCAGGGCUGCGACCACAGGCGCACUGCUAACGCGUGAGGCCAGAACAGUUACAGCUUUUACAUUUUAAAGCAUUUGGUAAACAAUCGCUAAGUUUUUUUUCUGUUGCCAAUAGCAAACCGCUUUUCCAUUAAUGGAGAAUUCAUGCCUUUCAAACAUUUUAAAUAUGACAAUAUUUAUAAAUGUGUGGUUUGGAAGAAUUGUUCAAAUUCUUUUUCCUACUUUACUUUCUCUUCAGGGUAGAUUCUUUCAAUAAGUAAUUUGUAGUGAUGACUGUGUUGACUUCAAUUUCAAAUGUAGUGGAUAUGUUAAAGAUGAACUCUAUGUUCUUAUUGAAGCCAACACAGAACUUGCUGCUGUGGUUUUUCUUCAAUGAUAAAUAAAAUACUUACAGAAUUUG